AAACCGUAGUCAGUCAGGGAAAGACGCGUCACCUUUAUUCUUACACUCAAUGAAAUAACAUGAAAACAUCAAUUUUAUUCGUCAUCAUCCCUGGAAUUAUCACAGGUUUAUCUGAUGGAUCUGGUGUGUUACCAGAUGGUCCUCUGAAUGCCUCUGUUGCAGGGACAGUAACAUUCACAACAAACUUGAAUCCACCAGAGACACAAUUUUCAUUGGUCCAGUGGCAGUUUGAUUCUGGUUCAGGACUUAAACUCAUAGUUCUCUCACUGUCUACUGGAGACACACCUGGACCAGGAUAUGAAGGCAGGAUCAUUCUCUUCAGAUCAACUGGAUCUCUAGAACUCAGGAAUCUGAAACUCAGUGACAGUGGAGAUUAUUUUGUAAGCAUUCAAGAUGGAGAUAAUCAUAAGGCAGGACGCACCUCACUGGACAUAUACGAACCAGUCUCCAAUGUCAGUGUCUCCCCACUAAGUGCAGACUUGAUUGAGUUCAACAGCUCGGUCCAUCUGUCCUGCUUCUCCUCUGGACCUCAUCUCUCCUUCCUCUGGACGAAAGACAAAUCUGAGGUCACAGCCAGUGACAGAGUUCAGAUCACUACAAAUGAAGAAAACUUCACUUUGACUAUAGUGAAUGUGACCAGAAAUGACCUGGGUUCAUACAGAUGCCAUGUGUCCAAUCCUGGCAGUUCUAUCAUCAGUGAUCCAGUAAACAUCUCUGUUAUAUAUGGUCCAGACAAUGUGACGAUAGAAGUGUAUCCAUUUAAGGAAUAUUAUGAGAAAGGAUCAGACAUUUAUCUGCUCUGCUCUGCUGACUCAUCACCUUCUGCUGAAUAUCAGUGGUUUCUGAAUGGAUCCCAGCUGACCAGUAAUGGUCCGUUACUCCAACUGAUAAAUAUCCAGAUGAAUCAAAGUGGAAACUACAGCUGUCAGGCCUUUAACAGCGAAACUCUGACAUAUAAAAUAUCUCAACCUUUAUUUGUCUUUAUAUGUGAAAUAUCUACAAAAAAAGACACCAAAGAAGACCUGGACAAUCUCACUGUGUUAAACCAAUCCUGA